AGGGGAGGGGACAUUAACAGCAGCAUCAGCCUUGUCUUGCAUAGAGUAGCAACCGGGAAGAGGCAGCUUGUGUUUCUGUCAUGCUCUAAGGGGGGAGGUGCAAGGUGCAUAAAAAAUAGGCAAGACUGAAGCAGACGGGUGGAUACUGCUGAAGGAGGAAACAGGUGCUGCAGAGGGGCUGUGGGUUAAGGAGGGAUCCAGAUGGCAACCAGAUAACCCCUAGUGGGGUUUUCAGCCCCCUUACUGUAUUGGAGAGGAAUAUGCAAAUGAAGAGCUUGUCGGUACAAGAUAAAGACUGAGCAUUGCUGCCUCUGCUAUAUCCCAGUCCUGCAGAGCUAUGAGCUAUGGAGGAGGCAGGCUCCUUGCGGCAUCCCCGUUCAACCUCCUCUGUGCUUCUCCUAACAGCCCCUAUCUCCUGUCCUGCUCUCUUCCACCUUCUCUGUCUCCUGCUGCUGUCCUGCCCCCAGCACUGGGGAGCUCUUUCUACACAGACAGCAUCACACUGGAAUGAGACUGCAGGAAGCACCGCUGGUAGAUUAACAGAAGAAGACCAGUCAUCCCACAAUAACAAUAGUAGAAGUGAUAGCAUCCACAGUCAGAACAAUGCAAUACAGAAAGAAAUAACAAUGCCCUCAAGAUUGGUAUAUUAUAUUAACAAAGAAUCUGAGAGCCCAUAUCAUGUUCUGGAUACUAAGGCAAGGGAUCAGCAGAAGCAUAACAAGGCUGUGCAUCUUGCCCAGGCAAGUUUCCAGAUAGAGGCCUUUGGCUCCACAUUUAUCCUUGAUCUGACACUAAACAAUGGCCUGUUAUCCUUGGACUACUCAGAGAUUGAAUAUAGUGCCGGAAAACCUAAAUUAACUAAGGGAGGAGAACAUUGCUACUACCAUGGAAGCAUCAGAGGGGUCAACAACUCAAGAGUGGCUAUAUCCACAUGCAAUGGUUUACAUGGAAUGUUCGAUGAUGGAACCUAUACUUACACAAUACAUCCAGUGGAUAUAACUCACAGUUCUAAAAGCACAAGCCGGCCACAUAUAAUUGAAAGAACUGCAGGGUCCCAAAUAUCUGUUCAUCAAGACAGUUUAGCAGAAUCAGAAGAAAAGGUCAACAGCCAUAAGACACCCCCAACAGAGUGGCUACGAAAAAGGAGGAAAAGAGCUCUACCUGCGCCUCGUGGAAUUUUUGAGGAGAUGAAAUAUGUUGAACUUAUGAUUGUAAAUGACCAUCAAAUGUACAAGAAACAUCGUUCUUCCCAUAUGUACACAAAUAAUUUCGCCAAAUCUGUUGUGAACCUUGUGGAUUCUGUAUACAAGGAGCAGCUGAAUACACGAGUGGUUUUAGUGGCUGUGGAAACGUGGACAGAUAAGGAUCGAAUACCCAUCAGUCCAGACCCUAUAAAAAUGCUCCACGACUUCUCUAAAUAUCGACAGCAUCAUAUCAAACAGCAUGCUGAUGCAGUACAUCUACUCUCGAAUGGGACCUUUCACUAUAAAAGAAGCAGUAUGAGCUAUUUUGGGGGAGUAUGUUCUAUUACUAGAGGAGUUGGGGUUAAUGAGUAUGGUCUCUUGUUGUCCAUGGCACAGCAAUUGGCUCAGAGUCUAGCACAAAACCUUGGUAUCCAGUGGGAGCCAGCUUCUCGUAAAUCAAAAUGUGACUGCACAGAGAACUUUGGUGGAUGCAUUAUGGAGGAGACAGGAGUGUACCAUUCACGGAGGUUUUCCAAGUGUAGCAUUGCAGAAUACAAGGAGUUCCUUAACCGUGGAGGGGGGUCCUGCCUCUUUAAUAGACCAACCAAGUUAUUUGAAGUGACAGAAUGCGGAAAUGGUUAUGUGGAGGCAGGAGAAGAGUGUGACUGUGGAUUUAGAAUGGACUGUUUUGGAGACUGCUGUAAGAAGUGUUCUCUAUCAAAUGGAGCACAUUGCAGUGAUGGGCCCUGCUGUAACACAUCAUGCCUGUUCCUCCCACGGGAAUAUGACUGUCGCUAUGCUGUCAAUGAAUGUGAUAUUACUGAACACUGCACAGGAGACUCUGGUCAGUGCCCACCGAACCUUAGGAAACAGGAUGGAAAUGCCUGUGAUUCCAACCAGGGACGCUGUUACAAUGGGGAAUGCAAAACAAGGGACAAUCAGUGCAAACACAUCUGGGGAACCAAAGCAGCUGGCUCAGACAAGUUUUGUUAUGAAAAGCUGAACACAGAAGGCACUGAGAAAGGUAACUGCGGGAAAGAUGGUGAUCGUUGGAUUCAGUGCAGCAAACAUGAUGUUUUCUGUGGAUUUUUACUUUGUGCAAAUGUAUCCAAAUCUCCUCGUAUUGGUAAAUUAGAGGGUGACAUACCACCGACAUACAUUAAUCAUCAAGGGAGAGUUGUAGACUGCAGUGGUGCUCAUGUAAUAUUGGAUGAUGAGACUGAUAUGGGAUAUGUAGAAGAUGGGGCUCCUUGCGGACCAUCCAUGAUGUGCUUAGACAGGAAGUGCCUACCAAUUCAUUUACUGAACAUCAGCAACUGUCCCUUUGGUUCCAAUGGAAAAGUCUGCUCUGGACAUGGGGUCUGUAGCAAUGAAGCCACAUGUAUUUGUAGUUCCACUUGGGCAGGAACGGACUGCAGCAUUUAUGACCCAAAAAAAGAGCCACCAACCAAAAAAGAUGACCUACCGAAGGAAAUGUCAAAAAGCGAAGAUAUGAUCCAUCACAAUCAGGAAUAUGAACACAGCUGGACACUUUUUUCCUGCACUUCUGGCAUAUUGGUAGGAUGAACACAGAGAGCACUUCCAUGAAAAUGCCCAUUAUAUCCAUUACAAUCUACAAAAUGCUCGCAAACAUCAAUUGCUUUUUGGGUUUAUAUCAUGGAGAUUUGAAGUAAUAUUCUCAUAAGUCUUUUUCCAGAAUAGUAGAAAAAACUCACAAGCAAAAGUGUUUCCUUGAAAUCAAAUCCAGCCUACAGAAAAUAUUGUUUUUAUUAAAUUAAUAAAAAGAAAGUAAAAGGAAAUUCAAGUGCAAUAGCUUUUUCAACAAAUCCUAAGCAAGUAUAAAAGUUACAUUUUGCAGGAUUGCUUUUUUGGCACCAAAUGAGCUUUUCCAAACUUCGGCAUGACUUUUACCCUUUCUUACUGAUUACUGAUAAAAUCAGGUAGCAUGAAAUUUUGCAAAGGGUAAAACUGCAUGGCACAUUGCUACAAACAAGAAAAAAGGAAAAAUUGAGCAAACCUUCAAAAGAACCCUAGAGUGGAAGAUGGAUCCUUCUGAAGAUAUUGAAAAAUUAACUUAACUAAAAGUGCAUUGUAGUCAUCUCUUAAGAUUCAGGGAACAACUGAGGUACCAAGCAGUUAACACCCUGAAACACACACUUUUCUGUAAUCCAAGCCAUGAGAGAUGAAAUCAUAAGAUGGGCAACUUGUUAAUGACUUGUAAAUAUGAAAAUAGAAGACUUGUCACUGGAUGUUGGAAAGGAUUUUCUCACAGCAAAAUCUUUUUGUGUAUGUAAAAAAAAUAAGAAAAUGUAAAAAGAUUUUUCAUAUAUAUAUAUAUAUAUAUAUAUAUAUAUAUAUAUAUAUAUAUAUAUAUGAGUUUUUUGCCCCCUCACUUCUUCUAGCAUGUAGGGUAGGCACGCUGCUGGGCUUGCAAACAUUACUAAGGCAGACAGAGCAUGUAAAUGCAGGAAAUUUUGGCACAAAUAAAGUGUGAUAUAAGGUUUGUAUGCUUGAAACCAAAAAAGACACCUUUAUUAAAGUAUAUAAUGUAAAUGGAUAUGUAUUUAAAAAUUUUAAAACUUUUUUCGUUGCUGCCGUGAGAGUUCCUGUACAUAAUGUAUGAAAAUAGAAAAUUUGCUACAUACUCAAAUUAUUCACUGAAGUGCCAAGCUUAUAUACACAUUUCUUUUUUAAUGUUUAUUUCCCACAUGCAUGUAAAUACUGUAUGUAUCUUAAAUGAAUACAUUGUUUUUCUUUUAUGUAAGUUGGUGUAUCUGUGUAUACACAAUACAUUCUCUUAUUCAUUUGUGUGUCUAUAUAUAUAUAUAUAUAUAUAUAUAUAUAUACAGUCUAGAAAAAUCAAUAAUGUAUGUAUUAGUAAAAACAUAAUAUUUAAAACUACUGCUGCAUCUUAAAAACAAACAUAUUGUCUGGGAGGUCCUAUACAUAAUUAAGAAGUGUAUGCCAUUUUUAAACCUUCUUCCUAAGUCUACUCUUUACUUAGAGUGUAUGUGUAGAAGAUGUUUUUAUUUCGUCUUUAGGGAUCACAUCAGUAAACAGUCCUAUUCUGAAAUGCAUUUUAUGCCACCUUAAUUGUUAUGUUCAGAUGUGCUCAAAUGUUCAAAUUGACUUGUGGGGUAUAUGCUAUAUAUCAGUAGGACUUGAGUUUAACAUACUUCUACUGGUAUUUAAAGAAUAAUUUUACUGUACUAUACAUUCCUACAUAUACAGUUGGCAGAAAUAGGUCUGUCUGACAGUUUGCCCUUACUCUAGUAUACUAUGAAGAAUUCAGUAAUAUUCAGUAGUGUCCGGCUCAGGGCUUAAAUAAUUAAAAUGGUCACACACAAUUGCAACUCUGCAGAAUGUUACUACACAUUAUAAUUACAAUACAGAAAACAUUAUUAUGAUUAUUAGAUGUAUUUCUAAACAUUAAAAUAUAAUGUUUAUGUAAUAAAACACAUUUUUAAUGAUUUAAGCCCAUAGUCUGUUAUUAAGCAGAUCCAUCACUUGAUAAUAUAUUUAAUGCAGACUAUCUUUCUUUAGUGAAAACUCUUUAGGCCUUAUUCACAUUACAUAAA